AUGAAUAAAGUGAAGCAAGUUAUGAAAAACUCAAAGAAUGUAAUUAAUUAUAUAGUAUUAAUUUUUAUAUACAUAAUUUUAUGGAUAUAUUUGUAUUUUUAUUACCUUGUAAGAAAUAUAAAAAAUUUUAUCAUAUUCCAACUUUUUGAUAAAUUUGAAUUAUUUAAAAAGACAAAAUGGAUUAUUUAUAAUUUUACUUUGGAUAGCCUUUUAAAAAAUAAACAUAAAUUCAUCUUAAAUAUUGUAGGAUUUUUUAAAAAUAGGAAAGAUAAAAAAAAAUUAUUAAAGACACGAAUUAAUAAAAUACCUAAGCAUAUAUAUAUUGUUUUCAAAACAAAUGACAUUAUUAUUUUGAAUGAAAAAAAAUUUAUAAAAUAUAUAAUUGAUAUAAUCAUAUAUUUAUAUGAGCACCAAGUUCAGUAUUUAACUAUAUACAUACCAAAUCAAAUUUUUAAUUGUGCAUUUUAUGAAACACUGAUAAAAGAUUUGUAUGAACGCAAUUAUUUUACAGAAGUGAAUAAUUAUUCAAAUAUAUUUAAUGACAAUCCCAAAAAUUGUUCAGAAAAACUGAUUGAACAAUUUGUUAUAACUAGGUUUGACCCUAUUGGUAAGAAAAUUCCCUUUAGCAAAAGAGAAAAAUAUGAAUCUUUUAAAAAAAAAUUUGAAUAUGAACAAUUUUCUAUUUAUCUAAAAUUUAUGAAUAAAACUUAUUCCCAUGAAAAAUUAAUAGAUAUAGCGGAAAAAAAUACAGUAAUAUCAAAAGGGGUGUCAGUAUCAGAUAAUUUUAAUUCAUUCAACACAAAUAUAGAACAUAUUAUAAAGAAAGUAUUUUAUUUAGAUCACAAAAAUAUGCAUCACAUCAUAAAUAAAACCCGUUUUAUUAACUUUGUUCAUCAUUUAUUCAACCUAUUUAUAGUACCAAAAGAUCUUUUAGUGAAUUUUUUAAAAAAAAAAUUCAAAUUUUUUAAACUAAAUAAGCACUUAUCAUAUUUUUUUGUUAGAAUUUAUAAAACUAUUGUCAUUUUAUUUUAUUCUUUAUUGAAAUUAUUAAAGGAUGAAACGAUGGGGGUUAAGAAAACAAACAAUGAGAUAAAUACAUUUGACAAAUUUGAUUUCAAAACAGAACAAAUUGAAGAAACUAACUUCAUUUUAAAAAUUUUUGAAAACUCAAUAGUAGACAAUAAACACUUAGUUGAGUCAAUUAAAAUAUUAAUUAAGAACAACAUACCUUUAUAUGUAAAACCUACCCAUGAAAAUAUUUUUCAAGAUGGGUACAACGAAUUAUUUAAUGACAUAUCCGUUGAUAUCGUUCUUUCUUUGAGAAUAGGAUUAAUUGAUUAUUUCAUUUCAACAUUUAGGCAUUAUAAAACAACCAAAAAAAUUAAUAAAAAAAAUAUUCUUAAUUUUGUUUUAGAAUAUUUUAGCUCCUUUUUUUUUAUAUACAAUAUAAUUCAUCCUUUUCAAAAAAAUGGAAUACAACCAUGGGUUUUAUCAUUUUCAGAACUUUAUGAAUUUUUUGGCUAUGAUGUAAAGUCAGUGCACAAGGCAUUAUCAUAUUAUAAUAAUUCAAUGCAAAGAUAUGGUUCUUAA